UUAAUUAGACGUCUGUAUCAUCUGCAGACAGAGUGGAUAGGGGAUGGGUUUCGCUCGUCUCGCCUGAUUUAUCUGAAUUUCGCUAUCUAAUCUGCUGCAAUUAGCUGUGUUCAGGGUUCUCCCCGUGGCUCCUGUUAUACGUGCUCUGAUAAGAUGUUAUUGACGCCUAAUUAGCUGCAGAAUAUUGGCGCUGCAAGCACGUCGAUUUGGGUAUUUAAGUAGAAUGGUAAAAUAGCUUCAAUCACAGUUUGUUGGCAACAAUUCAACAUGAGGGCAGCAAUAGUUUUGGCACUUAUCGGUACAGUUUUGGCGGCUCCGCCAGUCAGGCUGAUGCCGAAACAAGAUAGUGAACAUGAUCAGUACGCUCAUAUAUUUGCGAAGGUACGGCCACCAGGCCAGAAGCACCAGAACAUGGAGAUUGAAUUCCAGCCAGAGCACCACAACUCUCAGUCGAGCAACCAGGUCGAAACGGAAAUCAAGCAUGUGGAGCACAAGCAGCCUCAGCACCUGGAACAUAAGAUCAAGGAGCAGAGUUCUUCUCCUAUUUCUCAGGUGGAGUCGAGACCUCCUCACACCUUGGACUUUGAGAUCAAGCCUGUGGAGCAGAAGCCACCUCAGCGAUUGGAGUUUGAGGUGAAGCCGCACCACGACCAGAACUCUCCCCAGGGACAUUUGGUUUCAUUGGGCGUCAAGCCAGUGGAGCAGAAGCCUUCUCAGCACUUAGAGGUCGAGAUUAAGCAGCAGCAGCAACAUUCUUCGCCAAAUCAUCAGGUGGAACUAGAAAUCAAGCAGGUGGAACAGAAGCCUCCUCACUAUUUGGAGGUCGAGAUCAAGCCGGUUGACCAGAAGCCACCUCACCGUCUGGAGCUUGAAGUCCAGCAGCAGGUGCAGCACCAGAACUCCGAGCAUGGACAUUUGGUUGCUUUGAGACCAGUGGAGCAGAAGCCCCAACACAUCGAUCAUGAACUGAAGAACUCCCAGAAAAUCGAUCUGGAAGUUGCUCAGGAGAAUGAGCCGUUGGCAUACCAACUCCAGAACCAACAUUUCAACCUCAGUCUGCACCAAUAGAACGGUGGGCCACAAAGUGUAUCCGUUUUACAAAGUGCAUUAAAUAUGUAUAAUUACAAAGCGAGCGUUUUCACUGACCAGUCCUCCCAAGGUGGUUGUUAAAUGAG